AUGUUCGCCUCGGUGGCUCUUGCAUACGUGUUCCUUAUAUGGUACGCUGUAAUAAUCACCGUAGCCCUCUUGGGCUACCUUUGCAUUCGGAAAACAUUCCGUACUCCGCCUCUACCGACUGGAGAUCUCAAAGAUCUUGAACCUGUCACGAUUAUUCGUCCGAUUAAAGGCAUCGACCCUGAGCUCAAUUCUUGUUUGGAGCUGUCAUUUCUUCAGAACUACCCACGUGAUAAGCUUCAGAUCUUGUUUUGCGUUUACGAGGCAUCUGAUCCUGCCAUUCCUAUCCUUCAAUCGUUGGUCCAGAAGUAUCCAGAAAUCGACGCACAUAUCCUUGUUUCGGAGCCAGGAACUGACUACUAUGGCCCCAAUCCCAAAGUCAACAACCUUGCAAAGGGAUUUUUACGCGCAUCCCACGAUCUUCUUUGGAUCAUGGACCUGAAUGUAUGGGCAUCUCCAAAUGUGCUUGCCAAUCUGGUCUUGGCCAUGGCUAACAACACAAACUGCGGAAAAGUGGGUUCCAGUACUGGCCGUCCAGUGAAAUUGGUUCACCACGUGCCUUUAGCGCUUGCACUCGAUGGUGCACGGUCUGGACGGGGUAGUUUGCUUGAUGAAAUGUUCUUGUUCACUUCUCACAGUAAAUUCUACGUGAGCUUGAAUAACUUGGCCAUUGCUCCUUGUGUGAAUGGCAAAUCAAACCUCUAUCGCCGUUCCGAAUUGGACUAUGCGGUGUCCCGCAUUCCAUACGAGGAAUGUGCCUUCUUCCAUGAGGAUUCCGUCCGCCUGGACGCCAUGAGAAUAUCUGGAAAAGGUCCGGGCCACCUGAUUGAGUUCUUCGCCAAGUAUAUCGGUGAAGAUAACAUGAUAGCUAUUGCAUUGUGGGAAUACUGUCAUGGCCGUACUGCCUUGACUGGAGACUUGGUGGUGCAGCCACUUAUGUCACGCGACCAAUCCAACUCUAUUGGAGAAUACAUUAAUAGAAGAGUGAGAUGGCUCAGGGUCCGGAAAUACAUGGUCAAAGCUGCCACGCUAGUUGAGCCUUCUACGGAAUCUAUAAUAUGUGGAAUUAUCGGUACGUUGGCAGUAUCUAAACUAUUGUGGGGCCAAACGUUCAACAUUAUCUUCUUUUUAUUCCAUAUGGUGUGUUGGUUUAUGUGUGACACUCUGCAAUAUGGAAUUUGGGUAGACAACAUCCAUGGGUCCCGCCACGAGCCACACUGGCUCCAUAACAUUGCCCCAUUGACCAGAGAGUGGGUAGAAUGGCUACAAAUCUGGUUAAUGCGCGAGUUGUUGGCUUUGCCUAUCUGGAUCAUCGCUAUGAUUGGUCACGAGAUAAACUGGAGAGGGAAGCCAUUUAUGAUUAAGAAGGAUUUAUCUGCAGAGGCACUUUAG